AUGGCUGGCGUGAAAGAGAGAUUGUCUUCUGUGCUCGGUCACCUCAACCCCACCACACCUUCCAACAGUCGUGCCGCAUUACUCCAGAAAAAUCCGGAUGAUAUCGUCAUUACCUUUGCGGCAAGGACCCCAUUAACAAAAGCGAAAAAAGGGGGUCUGAAAGACACCAGAAUCGAUGAACUUGUAAUUUCUUUGUUAACCGAAGUCCGUCAACGCUCAAAGAUCGAUCCUUCAGUCGUAGAAGAUGUCUGUCUCGGCAAUGUUCUCGCUGAUGGCUCAGCAUACAUCGCACGAUCCUCCGUUCUCGCCGCAGGCUUUCCCGUAACCACCGCAGCAUCUGUAGCAAACAGAUUCUGCUCCUCUGGUCUACUAGCAAUCCAGCAGAUAGCAAAUCAGAUAGCUACAGGCUGUAUCGAUGUUGGAAUCGCAAUUGGCGCCGAAUCCAUGAGUACGUGUCCAGACAACGGUGCACCAGUCGGUCUCAGCACCAAGAUUACUGAACACGAAUUUGCCGGACAGAACCUGCAGCCAAUGGGCCAGACAUCGGAAAAUGUCGCCGGAGACUUCUCGAUCACCAGGGAGAAAAUGGAUAAAUUCGCGGCCGAGUCGUAUCAGAAAGCUGAGAUUUCCCAAAAAGCGGGCUGGAGUAGCGAUGAGAUACUUCCUACCACUGUACUCUGGAAAGAUCCUAAAACCGGCGAGGUGACCACCAAGAUAUUGACUCAAGACGAUGGACCUCGCCACGGCACCACCGCCGAAUCCCUCUCUAAAAUCAGAGCUGCAUUCCCACAAUGGCCGCCCUCUCAAACUACCGGUGGAAACGCAUCACAACUCACCGAUGGCGCCGCCGCCAUCCUCCUCAUGAAGCGCAGCAAAGCAGAGGAAUUGGGCCAACCCAUCAUCGGAAAAUACGCCGGAAGCACCGUCGUCGGCCUCGAGCCACGGAUCAUGGGCAUCGGGCCGUACUACGCGAUCCCGAAGAUUCUAGAGAAGAAGGGGUUGGCGAUUGCGGAUGUGGAUGUGUUUGAGAUUAAUGAGGCAUUUGCUAGUAUGGGCGUCUUUUGUGUGGAGAGAUUGGGGCUGGAUAGGGAUAAGGUUAAUCCUAGGGGUGGUGCGAUUGCGCUAGGUCAUCCGCUUGGGUGUACGGGGGCGAGACAGGUUGUUACUGCGCUGAGUGAGUUGAGGAGGAGGGAUCAGAGGAUUGCUGUUACUAGUAUGUGUGUUGGUACUGGAAUGGGUAUGGCUGGCGUGUUUGUUUCAGAACAUUAA